AUGCUGCGAUAUUGGGGCGAGAUCCCAGUUUCAUCUAACCAGGCCAACCGCAGCUCCUUUGACCUGCUUCAGCGUGAGUUUCGUACCGUGGAAGUCCAAGAUCCUCCACUGCACCAGCCCUCCGCAAACAAACCCCGUCCCACCACCAUGCUGGACAUCCCCUCGGAGCCCUGCAGCCUCACCAUUCACACCAUUCAGCUCAUCCAGCACAACAGGCGGCUGCGCAGCCUCAUCGCCAUGGCUCAGGCUCAGAACCAGCAGCAAGCGGAGGGCAUAAAAGCUGAAGACAACGAACCUCUGCCGUCUUGUCCGGCCUCUCCGCCUCUCCCUGAUGACCUGCUUCCUCUGGAUAGCAAAACUCCAAAAAUGCCAUUUCAGCUGAGGCACAGUGACCCAGAGAGUGAUUUCUACAGAGGAAAAGGGGAGCCAGUGACUGAGCUGAGUUGGUCCUCCUGCCGGCAGCUUCUCUACCAGUCCAUGGCCACCAUCCUGGCUCACACAGGCUUUGAGUGUGCCAAUGAGAGUGUCCUGGAGACCCUGACAGACAUCGCCCACGAGUACUGCUUGAAGUUCACCAAACUGCUGCGCUUUGCAGUGGAUCGGGAAGCCCGCCUUGGGCACACCCCUUUCCCUGAUGUCAUGGAGCAGGUCUUCCAUGAAGUGGGCAUUGGCAGUGUGCUCUCACUGCAGAAGUUCUGGCAACACCGCAUUAAAGAUUAUCACAGCUACAUGCUUCAGGUUAGCAAGCAGCUCUCUGAAGAAUAUGAGAAGAUUGUCAACCCUGAAAAGGCAGCAGAAGACACAAAGCCUGUGAAAAUUAAGGAGGAACCUGUUAGUGAUAUUACUUUCCCCAUAAGCGAGGAGCUGGAAGGAGAUCUGGCUUCUGGUGACCAGUCUUUACCCGUUGGAGUCCUUGGAGCUCAAAGCGAGCGCUUCUCUGCCAACUUAGAAGUAGAAGCUUCCCCACAGACUUCAGGGGCUGAGGUGAAUGCUUCACCACUCUGGAACCUGGCACAGGUGAAAAUGGAGCCACAGGAAAAUGAGGAGGCUAAUGUGCAUGGCCAUGGGGUCCUAGGCAGUGAUGUCUUUGAGGAACCGAUGUCAGGCAUGAGUGAAGCUGGGAUGCCACAGAGCCCCAAUGGCUCUGAGAGCAGCUAUGGUUCUCAUUCUGCUGACAGUCUGAUGGGAUCCUCGCCUGUCUUCAACCAGCGCUGCAAGAAAAAGAUGAAGAAGAUGUGAAAGAGACAGUGUUUUUUAGUCCUGCUGAUAUGUAAUAGACUUGAAACAAACUGAGAGAGUACUGUGAUGGCUAAGGUUCAUAAACAGGGCUGGCCCUGGUGUAUGAGGGAUCUUGCAUAAAAUUAUUAUGAGAUGUCUGACAUGUGGCGCUCUUCAGCUCCCCUCUUUGCUGGCUUCUCUACUCCAUCCUGACUCAUAAGAUUGAAGAUCACCCUAUACAUUUGAUGGUGGCAAGGCUUGC